GAGCCCGGCUGUGGAGCACCAACCAGUCGUAGGAGGGCCGCCGCCAAUAUGACAGCCUCCCAGACCGUUUCGCCCUCGAGUAACCCUGCGCCGCCUUCGUCACCCACACCCAGGACCUUCAUAGGCGAACUUUAUAGCCUUCCAGCUGUUAAUCGAGUAUGCCAAAAGGUGGUAUCCAUUCACGCCACGUUGGGUCGAUUGGUGCCUUUCUACUCCCGCCUCUUCACCACUGUCCUCUCCAUUGCCUCAGCAUUGACGCACAGAGUCGGCCAAUGGGAUUUCGUCCGUACUGCUGUUCAAAGAGGAGAUGCAAUAGGGCUGCUGGCGCUCGACUACAUACGAGGAUCAUACCUACACCCAAGGGACUACCUUCAGAAGCUAAUGGACGGUGUGCAAGGAGUAGUGGUGCGGGGAGCGUCUGUACUAGCAGUCCAUCCUUUUGGCCGCCUGCCAUGUCGCGUCACUCUGGAGAUCACCGGCAGGAUUCAAAGUAUUCUCGAGGCCCUGAAACUUAAUGACAAGCCUUGCCUCGGGGAAGUGUUCAUCAUCGGGCGGCUGCAACGGAUCUACAGCCACGGCCUGGCCACCCUGGCUGUUCGAGUGAAGACCUGCAAUUGCGUGCUGGAAAACUUGCAGAAAGAAAUAAAAAAUGCAGAGAAAGCAAUAAAAAAUGCAGAGGCUGAAACAAACUUGGAUGUUUUGAAGAAGAGAAAACGUUCUGUUAAUGAUGGAAAUGGCCGAAAUUCAUCUAGUUCAGACGAUGAUCCUUCUGAGCCUCUCGAAACUUCGCAUUCAAAGAAGGAGGACGAGCACCACGGGGAAGGUUUCGCCUCUCCCGUGAACAUCAACGUGACCCAGCACGACUGAGGGGCUGUUCGUCCAGCCGGAGGUGGUGCCAAGACAUCGCGAAGUGGCGAUGAUUUUUGUUCUUUAUCGCCUGUACCUAGUUACAUAGAAUCUAAUCAUUCCUUGAAUUGUAUUAAGAAAAUCAUAUAAUUAAACCUGUUUGAAUUUC